UUGCGUUAUUUAAGCAUCGUCUUUCUCUGCCGUGACCACCAUUCACACGGCGGAUCCGAAUCGCCGUCCGGCGGAGAGGCCAAUCGGAGUGGAGCAGGGUUCGAAGUCGAAUUCGUUAGUGGGGGAUGAAGUCAAGUGGUUCCUGUGGUUUUGAUUGAGUUCGUUGAAUUUGGUGGUUUUCCUAAAAAUAAAUAAAUAAUUAAAUUGAAUUCGAUCCAAUCCCAAUCUUGCACCAUAGUUGGUGCUCCAGUGUCACGCGGUUUUGCUGCCAUCCCUCGCUGAAUAAACUCCUACUGUUUUCCUCCCAACCUCUAUUUAAAGGAACAGGGUUCGAUCGGUUAGGUUCGGAACUGGGUAAACAAUGGGAGGAGCUUGUUCGAAGAAAGCAUCUAAGGAGAAGAAGAAAUCAGCCGAGGUCGGGCCUGAAAAGGCUUCGGGCUUUUCGGGGAAGCUGAAAUCCAUGUCGAGUUUCGGGAAGCAAAAGCAGAAGAACGACGAUUCCUAUACGUAUUCCGAUGAAGUCGAUGUGUUCGAGAAAGCGCCGCCGCAGAAGUUGUUCGAUUCAGGCGAGCUGCAUCUUUCGAUUUCGCGUGAAUUGAAGCCAUCGACGCCGGCCAGAGCACCUGCACAGAAGGUUCCUCAUAAGGCAUCCUUUCUCGGAAAGGCUGGUUCAGUCGGCCUAGAGAAAGCCGUGGAAGUCCUUGACACAUUAGGCAGCAGCAUGACGAACUUGAAUUCUGGUGGAUUUACAACCGGCGUAACUUCCAGAGGGAAUAAAGUAUCUAUAUUAGCAUUUGAAGUUGCCAACACUAUAGCCAAAGGCGCAACCUUAUUGCAGUCUCUGUCGGAAGAGAAUGUUAAAUGUUUGAAGAAGGAGAUUUUGAAAUCAGAAGGUGUUCGGAAGCUGGUUUCGACAGAUAUGGAUGAGCUACUGAGUAUUGCCUCUGCCGACAAAAGGGAAGAGUUUGAUGUCUUCUCGAAUGAGGUUAUCAGAUUUGGAAAUAUGUGUAAGGACCCACAGUGGCACAACCUCGAUAGAUUCUUUAUGAAAUUGGAUUCAGAUUACGAUGUUAAUAAACAACCUAGAGAAGAGGCUGAAAUGACUAUGCAAGAACUGACUACACUAGCUCAGCACACCUCGGAGUUAUAUCAUGAAUUGCAUGCGUUGGACAGAUUUGAGCAAGAUUAUCAGCGGAAACUAGAAGAAGUAGAUUCUUUAAACCUUCCUCGCAAAGGGGAGAGUCUCGCAAUGUUCCAUACGGAGUUAAAGCAUCAACGAAAACUUGUAAGGAGUUUGAAAAAGAAAUCCCUUUGGUCAAAGAGUUUGGAGCAGGUCUUGGAGAAGCUUGUAGACAUUGUUACUUUCAUCCAUCAAGAAAUUUCAGAAGUAUUUGGAGAUAAUGGUGGAAAGAGUGCAUCGGAUAAACCGCAAAGAUUAGGUGCUGCUGGUCUUGCUCUACACUAUGCUAACAUAAUUACCCAAAUUGACAACAUUGCAUCCCGCCCCACCGUUCUUCCUCCAAAUAUGAGAGAUACAUUGUACAAUGGUUUGCCACCGAAUGUCAAGGCAGCACUUCGAUCCCGGAUACAUGCUGAUUCCAAGGAAGUGCUCACUGCUCCUCAAAUUAAAACCGAAAUGGAGAAAUCUCUUCGGUGGCUUGUUCCCUUAGCUGCAGAUACUGUCAAGGCGCAUCAAGGGUUCGGUUGGGUUGGCGAGUGGGCGAACACAGGUCACGAAUUCGGGAAGAAGACGAGCACUCCGAACGUGGUCCGGCUGCAAACCCUGUACCACGCCGACAAGCAAAAGGUUGAGUCAUGCAUCCUCGACCUCAUAACUCUGCUUCAUCGUCUCAUCAGUCUCGUUCGAUACCGAGACAACGGCGGGUUCCGGGGACGCUCUCCGCCCGUCAAAGCAACCACCACGCUUCCCCCGGCGAGUAACGGAGGAGUCGAGCUCACGACGGAGGACCGAACCCUGCUGGACGACGUAAUGAAGAGGAGGAAGUUCGUCUCGGGGCUAAGCAAAAGCCAGGAAUUCGACAUGGCGAGGAUCAAGAAGAGCAAGGUGUGGACGUUGAGUCGAAGCACCGGGAACUCCCCAAGAAGGGAGACGAUGAGACGGCAAAGCGCUGCCGAUGUUUUGGAUGUAUUGGACGGGUUGGAUUCGUCGUUCUCAAAUGCCGUUGCCGCCGCCGGCCGAGGAACGGCCGCCGGCGAUGAUGGAUUGGUUCAUUCUUUUGUUUGAUUGUGUGGUGUGGAUGAAGGUUGGGGCGUUAUGUAUAUAGAAGAACAGCUGUGGGUAUUAUGGUAUGUAUACUUAUUCAGCUAGGCAGGCUGACAUGGCAUGGCAUUACAUAUAUUGGAAAAUUUUGGGAG